GUCACCGCGCUCCGGCAUUUCUCCCGCUCAGCCGCCACCUCCACGCGGCUGCAGCGAGCCAAAUGGGAGCUCCCGCGCCAACCCCUCGCGACGCAAGCGCUGAAUCCCUCCCGCCCGCCGACGCCGCGUGCUUCCCGCCGCGCGGGCGAGGAGGAGGUGCCCGUACGACGACGGGGGCCCAGCCGAGUCCCGGGCAUCGGGAACGGCCUCGGCGCCUCCAAGCCCCAACCUCAGCGCUGCAUCCUCGACAUGUUCCCGUACCCUAGGCCCUAGCCCCAGGGCGUGAUUUGCUUCGAUCGGACGCAUAAAUUAUUUUUUGGGGGCGAUGAAGGUGUGGAGUGGGAGGAAGGCAGCAGUCAUUUGCCAAAUGACUGUAAGUGAAACAUGUUCGCAAAUAAAAUAAGAGCUCAGGAUGUUUCUCUUGGAGACUCUGUUGAGCAUGAUAGAUGCCCCGUGGAGGGCGUAUACUCAUUAGUAUCAUCAUGCCAUGGAUCUAAUUUUGUCGAGCAUCUCCUUUUAGGAUUCUCAGAUAAUAAUGCAUGUCCGAGGAAGCUUGGUGAUGGGGAUAGGUUGUUGUGGAUCACUGACUAACUUUCCUGCAAGUGCUACCAAGACAGACCAAGUCUUUGGCAUCAUGCCCAUGUCCACUUAUUCUCCUUGAUUACUGACCUGGCACUUUGCAGAGUCAGCUAAGUUGUGCCUGGGCUUACAAUAUGAUGCUUCAUCCAACUGUAGCAUAUGUCAUGUGCAAUUUCUUUCUUUCUUUGUUAGUACUUGGAAGGCGGCAAAGACAUACUCCUAUAAUGGUAAGUGAGGAGCUCACUUAGUACUUCCAUUUGGCGGAUUCUGGGGCGCACAGGCUGUAGAUUGUGUAACAAACGAAGAAUAGUAUCUGUACUUCCAUAGACUGGUUUAUGCAUGCGUAUUCUGUACCCACAUGAACCUCACAAGUUUCUGUUGUGCUCAGGCUUUUUUCAAUCAUCUGGGGGUGUGUCUGCGGGAAAACAACAAUGAAAAAAACAUCUGAGCCGUGGCGUCAAUAAAACCAAGCCAAACAAGCCGGCAGCCCGGCACUGAAGAAGCUUCAACUCCCCUACCCUUCCAACAUAUAUGUAAGCACGGACACAAAGCAUUUAAGGAACAUACUCCAUUAGGACAAGAACAGAGACAUGUCUCCUCAAGUUUUUCGCACCCCAUCUCUGGUUGUUCCUUCCCACCAUGCACUCUUUCUUCUCUACACCAUCCUCAUAUUUCUGUCCUCCAACACAAUAGUAUUCUCAUCAGCACAGGCUACCAACAAAACCGAAGAUGACCGGCAAGCCCUUCUCUGCUUCAAAGCUGGCAUCUCCAAGGACCCUGCCAGUGUUCUUGGUUCGUGGCACAAUGACUCUCUCAACUUCUGCGGCUGGAGAGGGGUCAAAUGCGGCACCACCCUCCCAAUCCGUGUCGUCUCCCUCCAACUCAGGUCUAUGCUGCUCACAGGAACACUAUCCAGUUGCAUAGCAGGCCUUAGUUCUCUAGAGCAUAUGGACCUUCUAACUAAUCAAUUUUCUGGAAGCAUACCUGGCAAGAUAGGUGAGCUUCGGAGCCUCCAAUCCCUGAAUCUUGCCGGCAACAACCUUGCAGGUAACAUCCCUCCGUCAUUAGGUGCGUCUGCAUAUCUUAGCUAUGUCAAUCUUGCAAACAAUUCUCUUAGCGGAGUUAUCCCUGAUUCUUUAGCAAGUAGUUCUUCACUCGGUGAGAUAUUCCUCUCACGAAACAACUUAGCUGGGGUGAUCCCAGCUAAUUUGUUCAACUCAUCCAACCUUCGUCAUGUUGAUCUCCGGUGGAAUGGUCUCUCUGGGGCUAUCCCACGUUUCCAAAAGAUGGGAGCUCUGAAAUUUCUCGGUCUUACAGGGAAUUCACUUUCUGGUACUGUACCAACAUCUUUGGGCAAUGUUUCAUCAUUGAGAACCCUGUUGCUAGGACUAAACAAAUUGUCUGGACAAAUUCCAGAAUCUUUGAGUCAAAUUCCAAACCUAAAAAUGCUAGAUCUAAGUUACAAUAGCUUGUCGGGGGAUAUCCCAGCCACACUCUACAAUGUGUCAUCACUCACGCUCUUUAGCCUAGGCAGCAACGAAUUUGUUGGACAGAUACCCUCUAACAUUGGCCACUCACUUCUGAAUGUCAGAACAUUGCAAAUGGAAGGCAACCGUUUUGUUGGAUCAAUCCCAGAUUCUAUGAGCAACAUGUCAAAGCUGCAGGUGCUUGAUCUUUCAACCAACUUGCUGUCUGGCGUGGUGCCAUCUCUAGGAUCCUUGGCAAACUUGAGUCAAGUGCAUCUAGGGAAUAACAAACUCAAAGCUGGUGACUGGGCGUUUCUUGUCUCUCUCACCAAUUGCUCUCAAUUGUUCAGAUUAUCAGUGGAUGGGAAUUUCCUGAGUGGAAAUUUUCCACAAGCAGUAGGCAACCUUUCAAUAAAGAUGGAGCGGUUAAACUUUGGAAGAAACCAAAUUUCUGGAAACAUACCAGCUGAGAUAGGCAAUCUUGUAAACCUCUCUCUACUUGACAUGGGCCAGAACAUGCUCUCAGGACAAAUUCCCCUGACAUUUUGGAACUUGAGCAACUUGUUUGUCCUGAAACUUUCCAUGAAUAGGUUGUCAGGUAAAAUUCCAUCAACAGUUGGUAAUCUUGCUCAACUCAGCGAGCUUUAUCUUCAUGACAAUGAGUUGUCUGGAGCCAUACCCGCAAAUAUAGGACAGUGCCAAAGGCUGCUUUUGCUGGACUUGUCAUUUAACAAUCUUGAUGGAUCUAUACCAAUUGGACUCCUCAAUAUCUCUUCCCUUACCUUGGGUUUGGACUUGUCAAACAAUAAGCUGACAGGGUUGAUACCACAGCAAGUUGGUAACUUGAUCAAUCUUGGGUUACUACGUGUUUCCAACAACAAGUUAUCUGGUGAACUUCCUUCUGCACUUGGCCUGUGUGUUACAUUGGUAUCCCUUCACAUGGAAGGGAACAUGCUUAGUGGAAUUAUUCCUCAGUCUUUCAGUGCUUUGAAGGGCCUACAGCAGAUAGAUCUGUCCGAGAACAAUUUAACUGGUCAAGUUCCACAGUUUUUCGGGAACUUCAGCAGCUUAAAUUAUAUUGAUAUAUCAUACAACAAUUUUGAAGGGCCAAUCCCGACUGGUGGUAUAUUUGGAAAUUCAACUGCAGUGUUCCUGCAUGGUAAUACAGGAUUAUGUGAAACAGCUUCUGCCAUAUUUGGACUGCCCAUUUGCCCCACCACCUCAGCAACAAAAAGGAAGGUCAAUACACGCCUGCUGCUGAUAAUAGCUCCACCGGUUACCAUUGCUCUGUUCUCAUUUUUGUGUGUUGCUGUCAGUUUUAUGAAAGGGACCAAAACUCAACCGUCUGAAAACUUCAAGGAGACAAUGAAGAGGGUGUCAUACGGCGACAUUCUUAAAGCCACCAAUUGGUUCUCUCUGGUCAACCGGAUCAGCUCGAGUCAUACAGCAUCAGUCUACAUUGGUCGGUUUGAGUUCGAGACAGAUCUAGUGGCCAUCAAGGUGUUCCAUCUUAGCGAGCAAGGUUCGAGAAAUAGCUUUUUCACCGAGUGCGAGGUCCUAAAACACACCCGCCACCGCAAUCUGGUUCAAGCUAUCACCCUGUGCUCCACGGUAGAUUUUGAGGGCGAUGAAUUCAAGGCUAUUGUAUACGAGUUCAUGGCAAACGGUAGCCUAGACAUGUGGAUACAUCCGAGGCCUCACCGAGGCAGCCCAAGGAGGCUGCUAAGCUUGUGUCAGCGGAUAAGUAUUGCUGCUGAUGUUGCUUCUGCUCUGGACUAUCUGCACAACCAGCUGACACCUCCUUUGAUUCACUGUGAUUUGAAGCCAGGCAAUGUUCUGCUGGAUUACGACAUGACCUCGCGCAUCGGUGACUUCGGGUCCGCCAAGUUUCUCUCUUCAGGUAUUGGCGGAGCAGAAGGCUUGGUUGGCGUCGGAGGAACGAUUGGAUAUAUUGCACCUGAAUACGGGAUGGGAUGCAAAAUAUCGACAGGCUAUGACGUGUACAGCUUCGGGGUGCUGCUACUGGAGAUGCUCACGGCAAUUCGACCAACGGACGCACUAUGCGGCAACGCUCUCAGCCUUCGCAAGUAUGUUGACCUAGCCUUCCCUGACAGAAUCGCUGAAGUUCUAGAUCCCCAUAUGCCAUCCGAGGAGGAUGAGGCGGCCUUUUCCCUACAUAUGCAAAAGUACAUUAUACCUUUGGUCAGCAUUGGCCUGAUGUGCACCAUGGAAUCGCCGAAAGAUAGGCCAGGGAUGCACGAUGUUUGUGCCAGGAUUGUUGCCAUCAAACAGGCAUUUGUUGAGACCUUGUGAUCCACGGCAACUAGUCGGAUGGGCAUGCAACUAGAUGUUAAACACCAUGUACAUAUGUGAUAGUACAGUUGCUACACUACUCUGAUGCUUAUAUACAAAAUUAUAGCUGUA